CGCGACAAGCGGCUAGGGUUUCGCCCUCCCACCCCCGCCCCGCCGUCGCCUCCCACCCCCGCCGUCGGGGCCCUCGCCACCCGCCUCCCGCCUCCCAUCCCCGCCGUCGUCCCCGACCGCGUCCUCCGCCGCCGGCCACUUCCACGGAGCUCACGCGCCAGCAGAUCGACGCCGCCGGGCCCGUCCACCCCGUCUCGCCGCCGCGCAGCAGCUCGUCCCCGGACCGCCCGAACCGCGGCGUCCACGAGUUUCUGCGUCCGGCCCCGAGCCAAGAGAUCCGGACAUCUCCAUGGCGACCGCGCUGCGUCUCGCGGCGGUCGCGCGGGACUCUCCGGCGGCCGUCUCCAAGCUCGGGAGGGAGAGGGCCUCGCUGUGCGCCAUCGCUAGGCCGGGUGGGCAAUGCUUUGCGCGGAGGGGGCUGGUGCUCCGCUGCCAGAGCGGGGCAGCCGCAGCGGCGGCCACUAUCAGUAAGGGCGGGGCGGCGGAUGGAGCCGGGGCAGCGGCGGGGUUCACCGUCGUGAUGAAGUUCGGCGGCUCGUCGCUGGCGUCGGCCGCGCGGAUGCGGGAGGUGGCCGACCUCAUCCUGAGCUUCCCCGAGGAGACGCCCGUCGUCGUCCUCUCCGCCAUGGGGAAGACCACCAACAACCUCCUCCUGGCCGGAGAGAAGGCGGUGAGCUGCGGCGCUCCCAAGGCGUCAGAAAUCAACGAGCUCGCCGUCAUCAAAAAGCUCCAUCUUAGGACCAUUGAUGAGCUUGGACUAGAUAGCUCGAUUGUUUCAGGUUUCUUGGACGAAUUGGAGCAACUACUUAAGGGUGUUGCUCUGAUGAAAGAGCUGACUCUUAGGACACGAGAUUACCUUGUUUCCUUUGGUGAAUGCAUGUCUACAAGAAUAUUUUCUGCAUAUUUGAAUAAACUUGGGAAGAAGGCACGACAGGUACAUACUUCUAUUCUAGCAAGCAACAAUUUAGUAGUUUGGUUACAACUUUGUUUUGCAGCAUACAUGUCUGGACCAGUUGGUGCAAUUAGACAGAAUAUUUCAAUCACCUUCUAUCUCAUGCGGAGGAUGUAG